AUGUCUGAUUGCUGUUUAAAACAAGAGUAUAACAUUGAUCAAAUGAUUUGCGAAAUCAGAGAAGGACUUAAUAUCACUACAUCAUCAAUCAAUGUUGACAACAAAGUUAUUGAAGAUUAUUCUAAACAAUAUACGGGAAAUUUCCAGCGUCUACAAGAAGAAAUCGGUAAUAACAAAGAAGAUAAUGCAUUUUAUACUAUUCCUGUAAUAUCAGAAAUCGAAAAAUUCAAAAAUGCGCAUAAAAAUUUAAAGUUUUGCAUGAUUCACAACAAUGAUAUGAAACUUUCAGAGUACGAGAAUAAUCGAGAUCUAAAUACAUUAAAUGAAAAUCAGAAAAAAGAAAACAACAAUAUUUUACAUACAAAACUUUUUUCGUCCAAUCUUAAAAUAAAACCAUUCAAGAGUCUUAAAUUAGCAGAUCCAAAUCCAAAGGAACUUUCAGAACUCUAUCAAACAAACAUUACAAAAUUUUAUGAAAUUCUCCAACAAAAAAUUUUAAAAUUAGUCAAAUUCCAAAAUUUCUACGACAAAACCGUUAAUUUAUUUGAAAACCUAAGUUAUACUCAGAGACUCGAAGACCUUGGAAAAACUCAUUAUUAUGAAUCAAAAUUUUAUAAAUUUUUAUCAGCUGAUUCACAAAAGAAACUUAAUAAUGAACUUUCUGAAUUGAAAGGAUCAUGGAAUUGCGAUAACAAAUUUGAUGAAAAUGUAAUUUACGUAAUUAAAAAACAAUUUUUUGACGAAAUAGAUCAAGCAAACUAUAUUCAAUUACUUUUCAUGUAUUAUGUCAUUGAACACCAUUGUAGUGAUUUUAUUUGUCCGUAUAUCACUGCUAUUUUCGAAGAUCUUAAACAGAAAAUAUCAAAUAAUCUUUCAUAUCAAAAUGCAAUUGAAAUUGAGAAAGAAGACUUUGGAGAUUUGUUUAAUUUCGCUAUGGUACUUGUAAGCCAUGUCCAUGAAUGCCCAGGAAUCAAGAAAUUCUUAAGUAAUUUGAAUGUUUCUUUGCAAAAUUUCCUUGAUGCAAAUGAAAAAGAAAAUUAUUUGUUGUAUUUUAUUAAUUCAUUGAGAGAGGAACAUAUUUUCAACCAAAUUCAUUUAACAUUAGUUGAAAGAUUUACUCAUAGAGUUCUUGCUGAUAUUUGCUUUGUUUUUCCUCCAAUAGGAAUGUUAGUGACUUCUCCACAUUCUACAAAUGAAAGAAUUAAAAAAGAAUCAAAAGAAAUCAUCAAAUUCGGACCUCUUGACAGUUUUCUUAAUCGUUUAAUGAGUAAUGUUAAUUACAAAAUGAAAGUCGAGUAUCAAGAGGAAAUUCUUUCUGAAGUUCUAAGCAAACUUUACAGAAAAAUUGGAGAACCUUUUAAACCAAAUCUUGUUUUACCAAAAGUUUUCGAUCCACAACAAAAACAACAAGUUGUUAAAAAGAAAUCUAAAGAAAUUCCAAGACAAUCUCAACAAUCUUUGCCUAAUUCUCGCCAGGUGAAAUCUGAGGAAAUUAUAAAUGUUAAUCAACAAAAUCAUUUGGAUUCUCCAAAACCAAAGAAAGAACCAGAAUCUCCAAAACAAAAUCAGCCACCUUUGCUUGUUUUUAAUGUCUCUAAAUCUGCUGAAACUUUUAAACCAAAACCAAAUCAAAAUGAACCAGAAUCUCCAAAACAAACUCCACUUCAAUAUCUUGAUGUAGAUAUUGUUGAUCCACAAAAUGAACCAGAAUCUCCUAAACCAAAACCAGCUGAAUCUCCUAAACAAAAGAAAGGACCGACUUUGCUUGUAUUUAAUGUAUCUAAACCAACUGAUUCUCCUAAGCCAAAACAAGUGGAAUCUCCUAAACCAAAAGCACCUCAAUAUCUUGAAGUGAAUGUAACUAAUUCACAAAAUGAACCAGCAUCACCAAAACCGAAACAACCAACUGUACUCGUGUUUAAUGUAUCCAAACCAGAUGAAUCUCCUAAACCAAAACAAUCUCAACAAAAUAAACCUGUUGAAUCUCCAAAACCAGAACAAGAAACAGGAUCUCCUAAACCAGCAAAAUCAUCUAAGCUUGCGAAUAGAAUUAGUCUUAUUGCUUCUGCAGUUCAACCAAUUCGUCCAAUUUCUCAUGUACAACAACAUCGUGAACAAACACAAGAAACACCUGGAUCAGAUGAAUCUGAAAUGGUUCACAGACCUAUGAGAGCAACAAAAAGAAGACCACGAACUAAAAAGGAAUCAAGUGAAUAA